UUCCCUAAAGAUCCCGAACAAGAAAAUAAAACUCACGACCAUGCCCUUUUAACUCCGACUCCUGAUUAAAACCACGGACACACACUCGACAGCCCCUUCCUUCCAUUUUUAUCUCUGCAAUUUUGUCGGCCAAGCAAACAAAAUAAUUUAAAGGAAGCCAUGUUUGAAGCAUCUGUGUCCCCUACACCUUCGAUCUGGGCUUCCAUAAACAGCUGGUUCACUCCCGCAGUUUUCUUCGUCGUCCUCAAUCUCAUGAUUGGCACCAUUGCCAUUACUUCGAGAUUAGGCAACCAAAAGCACCAACAAGCAGAAGCAGAAGCAGAAGCAGAAGCGGAAGCGGAAGCGGAAGCAGAACACCCACAACACCCACAGUUUGCUAGAUCUCCAUCCGUAUUGCAAAGGCUCAAAUCGAUCAAAUUCUACGCCUACAGAUCCCAGGAACCAGCUAACAUCUUCGAGAAAUCCCCAGAAUCAGAGAGCGAUUUCGAUUUCAAACAUCUCCAUGAACGAGAGCAACCCCAACUUACCAGAUCUCCGUCUAUGCUUCAGUGGCUCAAGUCCAUUAACCUCCGCAGUUACCAAUACCGCGAGCCCAGCGCGCCACAGUUUCCAACCACUGCCAUUACCGCUACCGCUACCUCCGAUUUGCACAAAACCCAAGAAUUCGAUAUCCAUUUCACUACUCUCCAACAACCCCUAGAGAAUGAAGAAGAAGAGCAAUCCCAGGAUGAAGACGAAGACGAAUACAAAGAACAAGAUCAAUACCAGGACCAGACCAUGAAUGAGAUUUACGGCCGGCUACAGGGCACCCACGCUACCAAGCCGAAGAGGAAGAUGAAGAAGUCGGUGAGCGCCAAGUGGGCGUUUCCUCAUUUUGAAGAGGACGACAUCGUUGAGGCUCGCCGGCCGGCGACAGUGAGUGAAGGAAAGGUUGGGGCGACUGAGGACAAAGAAGAGGUGGACUCCAAGGCAGACGAUUUCAUCAACAAGUUCAAGCGUCAGUUGAAGUUGCAGAGGAUGGACUCCAUUUUGAGGAGCAUGGCGGAGGAUCACCGGAGGCAGAGUGGUAAGUAGGGUAAAUAAUUUUGUGGUAAAUUACUAAGUGUGUUUAAUUUUUAUUACAUUUUAGGGAUUAGUAAAAAAAAAAAGAAUUGUGUUACGGUGAU